AUGGAGGAAAUGAGAACAUACCCCGCCAAGGGCAAACGAACUAACUCCCUCGCGUUUGCACAGGCCGACUGCCAUACAGGCCGCAACUGUGGGGGAUUUGCGACACAAUUGUCGUGGGAUUCACGACGCAUGUUAUCCUUUCAUCAGUCCCCGUCAGAAUAUCAAAUUACUGGCGAGACCUCUGGUUUCCAAGAGGAGGGCUUACAAUCGCCCAAAGCGAGAGCACCUAGCGUCCCUUCUUUCCAUGCCGCUGCCCCUUUGCAAUUUCGAUUCAUGAACAAUUCUGCGAGACAAAAGAAGCGUCGGCGAGGGCCUUCCGCCCAAUCGAAUAACGUGGCCCCAUCCGACUCAGUAAUCCCUGACGAAAGUCUUCUGCCCAUUUCGGAAGGCGAGAAUGGUGGGAUUAUCUCCGGCGGUGGAGAGACGGAUGAGAUUGGCGCUCUAGAGCUCAGUGAUUUGGCCCUUCUGAGUGGGCUAGAGUUUUUCAAUACUGAUCCGCAGUCAAUAUUCGGCGCUUUACCCCUGUCCGACAUUAGGAUUCCCGAACAUCUGUUCACGGACCCCUCAACUGGCCUCUUCAAUCCGCGAUCACCGCUAUCGACUGCAAACAGAGCGUGGGAAUCUAUACCAAUCGAAGAACCUCACCCCGAGCUAGCUAUUCAGGAGCUUGACUCUGUCUCAUCAGAGUAUAUGCAAAGGGAAAAUAGGACCACCGUGCCCUCGGGGGAAUUAACCAAUGCCCCUAUUGGACCCACAGUAUUUGGAUUGGCCUCGAAGGAUUAUGAUUGGCUUUUUGAGAUGUAUGAUUCUAAAUUCUGUGUUCUACCACUGACCUCCGACACGCCGAUUAAUCCUUUCCGGUGUAAGCCCCAAACAUGGCAAGGGUCACGACUUCUCUUUCAUGCCAUUCUGGCAUUAUGCUACCGACACUUGAAUCUCAUGACGGCUGAGUGGUCCGAGGAGGUAGAUCAACAUCGCCGAAAAGCUGGUCAGCUAUUAGCUUUGGAAUUACGAAAUCUCUCAUCGCAGAAUUGCCUCCACCUGCUGGAACCCAUUUUGAUUCUUUUCACGUUGGACUGUACUCUAUCUGCCACCGGACAGUGGAUUGGCCAUCUGGAGCGCGCCCAGUCAAUUCUCCAGGCUUGUGGAGGUCCUAGCUCCUUGAUCUCUCCACGACAGCGAUCCCAAGUCGGAAUGCUCUUAUGGUGGGAUGCUACCAUUGCGCUCCUCUCGCGACGGUCCCCCAUCAUAAGUCGGGCAUAUUUAGACUACUUAAUCACCUGGGAGGGUCGGGAUGAAUGGUCAUUCUUCGAUCUCACCGGCUGCCCACGAGAUAUCUUCAUUUUACUAUACGACCUUACUGAACUGGCCAGACAAUGUGCAAUUGCCUCCUCAAUGGAGUGGCUUACAUUCAACCUCAGCCCAGUGAUUAAGGUGGAAGAAAAAUUGACAAACUGGCAAAACGACCUAGAUCCUUUGGUGAACAAAGUAGACUCUUCAAGCAAAGAGUAUUCAGAGCAAGAGGUUCACGAGCAGCAUGAUCGCUUUCAUUGCGCUGAAGCGUGGCGAUGCGCUCUUCUACUAUACGUCGAAUGUGUCUUUAAACGCGAAGCAGGUCAAAGUACCCAAAUGCAUAUGACUCUAGUACGCAGGACAUUAGACCAUAUUCGCUGCUGUCGACGCUCAUCACAAACACAAAAGCAACUUUUACUUCCCGUGUUUCUCGCUGGGAGUGAGACUUUGGAUGAAGAUAUGCGUGUAUUUGUGAAAAGAUAUUGUGCAUACUGGGCGGAAAAGAGUAGGUACAGCAUGUUCAACUCUGUCCCAACGUUACUUGAUGAGAUAUGGUCCACCGGAGAAUGGUGGGGGAGGGUCAUAAACAACAAAGCGACCGGCACAACUUCAGACGGAAGAGCCAAGUCCACCACUCAGCUACUACUCGGCUAA